AUGACGUUCGUCUUCUCCAUCCUUUUCCUCAUCUCCACCACCACAGCCGCCAGAUUUGAUAUCCUGAACCAAUGUGGUUACACCGUAUGGGCUGCCGCAAGCCCCGGAGGUGGCCGGCGUCUAGAUCCCGGCCAGUCAUGGCCACUAGAUGUUGCGGCCGGCACGCGUAUGGCAAGGAUUUGGGGUCGGACAAACUGUAAUUUUGACGGUUCGGGCCGUGGCCGAUGCCAAACCGGUGAUUGCACUGGUGGACUUCAAUGCACCGGUUGGGGCCAGCCACCGAACACGUUGGCUGAGUACGCUCUGAACCAAUUCAACAACUUAGACUUCUACGACAUCUCACUUGUCGAUGGAUUUAACAUCCCUAUGGAGUUUAGCUCGAACUGCAAGCGGAUACUAUGUAACGCGGACAUAAACGGACAGUGUCCAAACCAGUUGAGAGCGCCGGGCGGUUGCAACAACCCGUGCACGGUCAAAAAUUUAUUAACGGAUAAUUGA